AUGGGUGUCCUGCAUCCGCAUCCCAUGUGGUACCCAUGGCUGUCCUGCAUCCCCGUCCCAUGUGGUACCCAUGGGUGUCCUCCAUCCCUACCCCAUCCCGUGGCUCUGUGUGGUCUCAACAGUGUCACACAUCCCAUUCCCAUUCCCAUUCCCGCUGUGGUUCCUCCUACAGAGACCAAAGAUGACCUGGAGCAGCUGACAGCAGACAUCAAGAAAAUGGCCAACAGCGUCCGCAACAAACUCAAGAGUAUGGAGCGCAGCAUCGAGCAGGAUGAGGUGCGCUCCUCCGCUGACCUGCGCAUCCGCAAGUCCCAGCACUCGGUGCUGUCCCGCAAGUUCGUGGAUGUGAUGACCAAGUACAAUGAGGCGCAGGUGGACUUCCGGGAGCGCAGCAAGGGCCGGAUCCAGCGGCAGCUCGAGAUCACCGGUAAGAACACGACGGACGAGGAGCUGGAGGAGAUGCUGGAGAGCGGGAACCCGUCCAUCUUCACUGCGGGGAUCAUGGAGUCGCAGAUGUCGAAGCAGGCGCUGAGCGAGAUCGAGGGGCGGCACAAGGACAUCGUGCGCCUGGAGAGCAGCAUCAAGGAGCUGCACGACAUGUUCGUGGACAUCGCCAUGCUGGUGGAGAACCAGGGCUCCAUGAUCGACCGCAUCGAGAGCAACAUGGACCAGUCCGUGGGCUUCGUGGAGCGCGCCGUGGCCGACACCAAGAAGGCCGUGAAGUACCAGAGCGAGGCCCGGAGGAAGAAGAUCCUCAUCAUGCUCUGCUGCAUCAUCCUCGCCGUUAUCCUGGCCUCCAGCAUCGGCAGCAUCUUCGCCUGAGCCCAUCCCGCUGCCC